UUGUUCUCUUUUCUAUGGUCCCAUCUCGUGACACGAGAAUUUACCAAUUGUAAAUAAGAAUAAAGACUUUAUUAUCUGUUAUUGUAUGAAAUUUACAAUUUUACUCGUUGUGUUAUAAGUUUAUAAACUUAUUAGCUUAGAAGAGAAAAGUCGAGUUAUGCCAAAAAAUAAAGGAAAAGGAGGUAAAAAUCGUAGACGUGGUAAAAACGAAAAUGAGACAGAAAAACGUGAAUUGGUAUUCAAAGAAGACGGACAAGAAUAUGCUCAAGUUACAAAAAUGUUGGGCAAUGGACGUCUAGAAGCUAUGUGUUUCGAUGGGGUUAAACGGCUUUGUCACAUUCGAGGAAAGUUGAGGAAAAAGGUGUGGAUUAAUCAAGGUGACAUAGUACUGAUAGGUCUACGUGAUUAUCAAGACACAAAAGCUGAUAUUAUUUUGAAAUAUACACCAGACGAAGCUCGUAAUUUGAAAACAUACGGAGAAUUUCCUGAAACUGUGCGCAUCAAUGAUACAGUUACGUUUGUCGACGACGGUUUGGAUGAAGACAUUGAGUUUGGCGAUGAUAUUACCGAUGACGAUGAGGGAGAAGUUGUUGACAAUAUCUAAACUAUUCUGUGGCCCCUAAAUAUUGUAUAUUUCAUCCGAAACAAAUAAUAACAUAUUGAUAAUAUAAAAAUAAAAACUUUAAAAAUGAA